UGCUGUUAAAGUGGGAGGGCAGAACGGCUCCGGACCCGGUGCGUGGAAAACUGGAAGGCCCCUCCCCGCAUAUUGUAGCCUACGCUGCGAUGGUGAGUAAUUUCAUUGUUUGAGGACAGAGACGCCCCGCUUGCAUCAACUGUGAUCAAACAGCCCGGACAGCGAGACCCUUUUUUCUCAUGGAAAUCAGACCCUGCCUCUCAGUCACACAUGGGCUUCAGAAGUGCUAAGAAGUUUAACAUCCAUCCAGGACUUGUAAUAUAGUACCGAACGUGUCAAGGAGACGCUGAGUACAACCUGAGCAGUGUACGAAAGGACUCCCUCACCAAGUUGUACGCUCAUCCGUAGCAGGAUAUAGCGAUAUAUGUAGACUAUUUCUAUAUAGCUCCUCGGUGAAGUAUAUGCUAUGUUGCCUACAGCAUAUGCACAGAGCUGUAGGCUACUUACUGUAUGGCGCGCUAUGAACGUUGGCUAGGGAGUUUGUUGUUCUUUUGAAAUGGCUAACCAUAUUAUUCGGUCUGUAUAUGAUCGUUUUCCAUCCGAUGUGUAGAAACUAUAUUCAUUAUUGUGCUGGUAUCGCAUAGUUUGGUAGUUUGGUUUUUUAAAAUGCUGGAUUUGGCUAUAAGUAUUGUUUACUGUGCGCUUCUCUAUUCGAUCUCGGCGCGCGCAACUGGGUGCCCUCUUCGUUGCGAAUGCUCUGAAGCCGCACACACGGUGAAGUGUGUUUCCAAAGACUUGCGCAGUGUCCCGUCUGGGAUACCGGGGUACACGAGGAAUCUGUUUAUAACGGGAAACCAGAUCAGCAGAAUUGGACCGGAAUCGUUCAAAGGGCUAGACAAUAUCACCACGUUAUCAUUGAGUAACAACAGGAUAACAGAGGUAGAGUCACAGACAUUCUCUGGGCUGCGCUCCCUCCGUACCCUGGACCUGAGCUCCAACCAGCUGUCAGUCAUCCACCCAGAGGCUUUCACUGUCCCGGGCUACACCCUGAGGGAGCUCAAUCUCAGCCGAGUCCUCUACAACCACUCUGCUGUCACAGACCUCGCCAGCAGCCUCCGCUGGUCCACCCUGGGCCAGCUCCGGACCCUGGACCUGUCAGGGAACAGGCUGAUCUACCUGCCCCUUAACACCUUCUCCUAUCUGGGCUCCGUGCGGAGGCUGGUCCUGGCCAACAACUCCCUGGUGGCCAUUCACAAUGGCACCUUUUCUGGGCUGAGCUCUCUGGAGCAGCUGGAUCUGACCCUCAACGCUCUCCGGACCAUCCAGGAGGAAGGUCUGGCUGAACUGGACACCCUUCCCCCUGGCACGAGGCUCCUUUUAGGGGAGAACCCCUGGACCUGCAUGUGUGGCAUGGAGCCCUUCGCUGCCUGGCUCAACGCCUCGCGGGGACGGGUGGAAGACGCGGAGGUCUUGGCUUGUGCCUUCCCCCCAGACAUGAGGAACACCCCCCUGCUGAGGGUGGCAGCGGCGGGACCGGCCGGGGCGGGCGGGCACGGGGCGGUGCUGGGCUGCCCUCGGGUGGGGGAGGGGGCGGACCUGGCGCUCCAGACGUCCUACGUGUUCCUUGGGAUCGUCCUGGGCUUCGUGGGGCUCGUCUUCCUCUUUGUCCUCUAUCUCAACCGCCGGGGCAUCAAGCAGAGGAUCAACGGCAUGCGGGAGGCUUGCACCGAGGUGUGGGAGGGCUACCACUACCGCUACGAGCUCGACUCAGACCCCCGGCUCUCGCAGGUCUCCACCACUGCAGACAUUUAAUGAGAGGAGAGUCUUUCGUGUCUAUCAAACAUUUUAUCUCAUUUUCUAUUGCAUUUAUAUGUAGAGAAGAAAUGUAAAAAACUGUAUAUACAUUGCCUGUAAAUAUAUACAUAGCCUACAGUAUGUGACUGAGUAUUGUUACUGUAUUCCCAGUAGCUUGGUCCGUGAUUAGAGCAUGAGCCUGUAGUACUCUACCCACUCAGCCAGUCUUUCCUUUGUCCACACAUGGUCUUAGACUGGGGAUUAAUCAGGGUAACAAACAGGCAUGGACUAUGAAAGUGAACUAAUUCACUGUUCUACUUUGAUUGCCCCCUCUUAAAAAAAAAGUAGUGCUUCUCUGUGUAUGUGUCUGUCAGACUGAAACUACAGUUGAACGGUGUCAUUUAUGUAUGUUUUCGUUCUCGGAACUGAGGCUACGUCUAUGAAUGAAUAUGCUUUAUUCGUGAAGCUGAAGUAAUAAAAACGUCAGGACUUCUUA